UUAGGCUUUGGAGAGUUCCGUUUCCUGCCUGGUGUGUUGGGUGUUCAGCAGUCGCAGUUGGUGGGCUGCAACUGAGCCAAGAUGUUGCGGAAUUUGCUUGCUCUUCGUCAGAUCGCCCGGAGGACCAUCAGCACCACUUCACGAAGGCAUUUUGAAAACAAAGUUCCAGAGAAACAAAAGCUGUUUCAGGAGGAUAAUGGGAUCCCAGUGCAUCUGAAGGGCGGGCCUUCUGAUGCCCUCCUCUACAGAUUCACAAUGUUUCUGACAGUCGGUGGAACAGCUUAUGCCAUCUAUGAGUUAGCUAUGGCUGCAUUUCCCAAGAAGCAGAACUGACUUCAUCCCAGUCUCAUAUGGUUCAGUUGUAUCCAGUGCUUGAUGGACCAGGCAUCUGAUGAGUAACUGAGCUCUUGGGAAUCAAUAUUUAUUGAUGUGUACUAACUGCCACCAAUAAACAGUCUUUACCAUGAAAAAAAAAA